CGCUGAUAACCGGGAAAUGCAAUUGCUGGUUCUCGGCUGCACUUUCUUCAUGCUGUCAGAGCGUGAGGAAAGUACUGCUGAGAACCGGCAGUUGUCAGAGCAGGGAUCGGCACCGAUCAUCAGGGCACUGAUGACUAGUGCCCUGAUGAUCGGUGUCCAGCAGCGCCACCCACCAGUUCUGCCCACCUUUGUGCCAGUCAAUGCCUAGCAGUGGCGCCAGUCAGUGCCCAGCAGUGAUACCAGUCAGUGCUGUCUAUCAGUACCCAUCAUCAGUGCCAUCAGUGCCCUAUCCGUGACACCUCAUUAG